AUGGCUACAACACACGAUGCUUACUUCACUUUGGACAGCCAGCGAUCCGUCACCUCCAUAGUGGUGAACGAUGGCUCUGUCAUCAGCCAAGAGCGCUUUCCAUCUCGAUUGACGCCACAGAAAUGGAUAGAAGCACUGCGAGAGAUGGAUGAAUGCGUCCAACAAGAAAAGCGCAAGCUUCAGGCCUCUUGCAAUCAAGAAUUACAGGACAUGCUGGGCCAUACCGAAGACUUUGCUGUCGAGAAUACGAGCAACAAUGCCUUGUGCAUCGAUGUCGGCAACCAAUAUUCUGCAGCUGUCCAAUGUUUCGAUCAAUCUCAAGCACCAAUCGCCAUGACACCGUCCUUCGGCCAAGGUAUGCAAGACAUGCAGGAUACGCGGGGUCUCUUUGGCCUCGACGACGGGCUGGCACUCGGAGGUCAGGCAUCGCCAUCGCCGUGCUUGGGUAAUAUCUCCGGGAUUAACUUCGUUGCUGAUGGGGUAACGUUGGACGUUCAGCCAACUAGUCCGAUCUCUAGCCUCUUCCCAUCAGAGGCUGGUCGAGCACAGCGUACUGAUCAUGCUCCGGCAAUUGUUGAGAAUGGCUUGGCUAAGGAGAAACGAGCGCAGAAGCUAAAGAAGACGCUGGAGAAGCUUCAGGGUUUUACAACCCUCAACAAGGCCAUCCACAAUCAACGAGUCGACGGCAUCCACGACGGGCCGCAAAUGCCUUUGGGUUGCAGGGAACUUACACUCGUGAGGCUGGCAGUAGCUCUCGGUCGGUUGAGUGACGUAUCAGUUGCUUCGGGAGUUGUCCUCGGCUUGCUGAGCUGGCGGCUGUUUGGUAUCGAGGAGGAGAGGAUGGUCGAUGAGGGCAUGGCACGCAACGUAGCAGCGAAACAGAUGAACCAAGCAAUGUCCCAGAUCUUCCAGCGCCGUGGCAAGACAAGGGAUUGGGCAAGCGAUGGACGCAAAGCGGCCAAGAUGGUGUUCGGAGCGUUGGCGGGUCUGACCAAGGUCGACAAGUCGUUUGCUUUCCUUCUUCUUAGUGACGUUUGCAGCCUCGACUAUCUGCUCAAGAUCGCGCACUUUCCGAUAUUACGAGAGGCUUUUCAGAAAGAAUACUCGAAGAUUGCGAGAUCGAGAAGUCAGGAAUGGCAAGCACUCCAUGCUGCAGGCUAUAAGACCUUGGACUACGACAAAAUCCUAGGGAUGACAGGCUUGGCCUAUAAACGGACCCUGGACGUCGAUCAGGCCGAGCAAAACGGGAUCGUGGAAGAGGUCGGGGACGGUUUCAUAUCGACGCUGUCGGCAAUGCAUGGGAAUGGUAGUGGCAGUCUCUGGGACGACGACUUCCAAACCAUGAUAGAUUUUGGGACGCCCGCACUAUAA